CGCACGAACAGAAUCAGGAGGAAAGUCUUCCCCUGUCCCUAUUGUAUCUUCGGUAAAGAUAUUCACCAUGCUCUGUUCUUGGUAGCUCCGUCUGCGUACGUACAUAUCGAUAUCGCGAUUCGGUGAAGGAACCGAAGGUUCUUACUUCUGCAACCCGAUUACCAUAGGAAAAGUUCAGUCAUCCCAAACACUCUGCGGAGCUCAGAAAAGGCAAUAUGGUAGGCAACAGCGGCGACGGGUCCGGCAGUGGAGCGAUAAAGCGGAGGGGCUGCUCGUGCAGUAAGGACGACUUCCUCCCGGAGGAGUCCUUCCAGAGCUUCGGGAACUACAUCAAUGCCCUCAGGGAGACCCCCAUGCGGUUGAGGGACCGCAUCCUGACUCGGUCCCUUGACUCGACUGAGCUCCACGAGGUGAAGGCCCGGAGUCAGCACGAGAUGAAGAAGACGCUGUCGUGGUGGGACCUGAUGUGGUUCGGGAUUGGGGCCGUCAUCGGCUCGGGGAUCUUCGUGCUCACUGGGCUCGAGGCUCGAGACCACGCCGGCCCCGCGGUGGUGCUGUCUUACGUCGUGUCCGGCAUCUCAGCGCUGCUGUCUGUGUUCUGUUAUACGGAAUUUGCCGUGGAAAUACCCGUCGCAGGUGGAUCAUUUGCCUAUCUAAGGGUGGAGCUGGGGGACUUCGUGGCUUUCAUUGCAGCUGGGAACAUCCUGCUAGAGUACGUGAUAGGCGGGGCUGCCGUGGCGCGGUCAUGGACCUCUUACUUUGCCACUCUCCUCAACUACGAUUCCGAUCGUUUCCUCAUUGAAGUUGACAGCCUAGCUGAUGGCUACAACAAGCUUGAUCCAAUAGCAGUCGGCAUCUGCGUGAUCAUCUGCAUUUUCGCUGUCCUCAGCACCAAGGGCUCUUCUAGGCUCAACUACAUCGCCUCGAUCAUGCACGUCAUCGUCAUCCUGUUCAUCAUAAUAGCUGGCCUCACCAAGGCUGACGUUAACAACUACAAGCCCUUCGACCCCAACGGUGCACGCGGCAUAUUCCGAUCGUCAGCAGUCCUCUUCUUCGCGUACAUAGGUUUUGAUGCUGUGUCCACGAUGGCAGAGGAGACCAAGAACCCGGCCCGUGAUAUCCCGAUUGGGCUUGUGGCAUCGAUGGUCAUCACCACCAUAGCAUACUGCCUGUUGUCCAUGACCUUGUGCUUGAUGCAGCCGCACCAGAAUAUUGAUAUCUAUGCGCCAUUCUCGGUCGCAUUUGAGUACGUCGGAUUGGAUUGGGCCAAGUACAUUGUAGCAGCUGGAGCGCUGAAGGGCAUGACCACAGUCCUUCUCGUCGGGGCGGUAGGCCAAGCUCGGUACCUGACCCACAUUGCUCGUACCCACAUGAUGCCGCCCUGGUUCGCCCAUGUUAACUCAAAGACCGGAACGCCGGUGAAUGCCACAAUAGUCAUGUUAUCGGCAACAGCAGUCGUUGCCUUCUUUACAAAGCUCGGUAUACUGGCUGACCUAUUGUCCGUCUCCACUUUGUUCAUCUUCAUGCUCGUGGCAGUUGCCCUGCUGGUGCGUAGGUACUAUGUUUCUGGUGUCACAACACCGGCAAGCCGUAACAGGCUCAUCGCAUGCCUGCUGUUAAUCAUUGGGUCCUCGAUCGCAUCGGCCACGUACUGGGGCCUCAGUGAGCACGGCUGGGUAGGGUAUGUGAUCACUGUUCCGGUCUGGUUCCUAUCCACCGUGGCAUUGUGGGCAUUUGUCCCGCAUGCUCGAGACCCGAAGCUGUGGGGGGUACCGUUGGUCCCGUGGUUGCCCUCUGCCUCAAUUGCAAUUAACAUCUUCCUCCUCGGGUCAAUAGACGGGGCGUCAUUUAAGAGGUUUGGGAUGUGGACAGGCGCCCUGCUGAUCUAUUACUUCUUCUUCGGGCUGCACGCAUGUUAUGACACUGCCAAGGCAGCCGGGGAGGGAAAAAUUCGAGACGGGGCCACGGAGCGGAAGAGGAUCGAAGAAGGGGAUGUGAGCCUGGCCACGAACUCGAGCAUUAAGGAUGGCAAUAAUGCUUCAGUAAAUCCUAGAGCAUAAAGAAGUGAUCUGUGAAGGUUGUUUGUGUCUAUAAUACAAUGAAUUAAGAAGCAAUCACCGUUAGGUAAGUGUGUCAAGAUACAGAAGUGUUUGGAUAGUUUGUGAAUUCUCCAGCUUAAAACAAAGUGCAUUCUCCUGCAGACGGAAUCCUCAUUUGAAACGUUUGCGAUUAUGAGUGUCGUGUUGCUAUGUCGAGGAAAUAGAGUAAUUUUAUCGAGAUAGGUUUUAGCUUCUAGUGCCGAUUCACUUAUUGUUUUUCCCUGUAAAAGCUUUAUAUUGCAGGCGGUAAUCGAGUCAUAAUCAUAGGAGCCAAUGGAGGAGCCAGUAAUUGAGUUUGCGUGACGCAGAUUGUGCA